AUGUCGACACUAGGACGAACGCUGUCUAACCUGCGAAAGGUUGGAAUCAAGGACUACUUUACCCAGCUGCUGUAUAUCGGUGACACCAAGGCUGGUCGUCUUAUCGGCACCGAUCGCGCCGGAAACAAGUAUUUCGAGAACAACGAGGAACUCCCUCUCCGAACCCGUUGGGUUGAGUACGCCAAGCACGACUACGAUGCCGCCCAUAUCGAGCCUGGAUGGCACGCCUGGAUGAGCUACAGUGUUCAGGCGCCUCCUACCGAGGAUGCUCUGCUGAAAGCUGGUGUCCGAGCCUUUGAGCCUUCGCGCGCCCUUCCCAACUUUACCCAGACCCGUAGUGCCUUCAAGACAUACAACACUGCCAAGUCGAAGAUCUCAGCGUGGGAGCCUGUAGCUGCUCCUCGGGCAUAA